AUACAGCAAGUCAUCGAAGUUAAUGUACAAUCACCACCUAAGACAUGAGAGGAGGUCUGUGUGGUGAGCGUGAGGAGAGGCUUGGGCUGAAGGUGCAGCUGACACCACGAGUGGCUGACAGUCCGAGUGCCAGCCCCACGGCCCACACGGGGCGGUGACAUGGCUCUGCUCUGUCUGCCCACCCUCCUGGUGGCUUGUGUGGCUUUCCUGCUGUUCAUCUUUGUGUGGAGAAGAGGAGGCACUCACGGGCGUUUGCUCCCACCGGGCCCGCCUCCUCUUCCCAUCAUUGGGAACAUCCUGCAGGUGAACCUCUGGGACCUGCCCACCUCUCUCUCCAGGCUGGCUGAGCAGUACGGCCCUGUGUACUCACUGCGCCUGGGCCCCCAUCCGGUCGUCGUGCUGCAUGGAUACCAGGCUCUGAAGGAAGCCCUGUGCGGCCAGGCGGUCAACUUUGGAGGCAGAGGGAAGUUCCCCAUCAUGGAUAAUGCCCUCAGAGGAUAUGGAAUUGUGUUCAGCCAUGGUGAGCGGUGGAAGCAAAUGCGUCGGUUUACCCUCAUGACCCUGCGGAACUUUGGGAUGGGGAAGAGGAGCAUUGAGGACCGCAUCCAGGAGGAAGCCCAGCACCUGAUGCAGGCCUUCUCACACACACAGGCUCAGCCCGUAGACCCUACCUUCAUCUUUGCUUGUGCUCCUUGCAACAUGAUCUUCUCCAUCCUCUUUAAUGAGCGCUUUGACUACCAAGACAAGGAAUUGCAGCAGCUGAUUAUGUUGCUGAAUGAAAACAUUUCCAUAGCAAGCUCUUUCUGGACACAGCUCUACAAUUUGUGGCCAUCAUUCAUUCACUAUCUUCCUGGGAGACACCAGAAAUUUUUUAAAAACAUUCAGAAUAUAAAAAAUUUCAUUUUGGAGAGAGUGGCACAGCAUCAAGAGACUCUGAAGCCUGAGCAGCCCCGGGACUACACUGACUGCUUCCUCGACAGGAUGGAGGAGGAAAAACACAAUCCAUAUUCUGAAUUUAACUUGGAGAACCUAGUAGCUGUUGGCUUUAAUCUGUUCAGUGCUGGCACUGAGACAGUCACAAACACCCUGCGGCUGGCGCUGCUGAUCCUGCUGAAGCACCCUGAGGUGGAGGGUAAAAUUCACGAGGAAAUUGACAGAGUGGUGGGCCGGGACCGGGUCCCCUGCAUGAACGACAGGACCCAGAUGCCUUACACAGAUGCCGUGGUGCAUGAGGUCCAGAGAUACAUCAAUCUCAUCCCCUCCAAUCUGCCUCAUGCUGUGACUCAGGACACCAAGUUCAGACAGUUCUACAUUCCUAAGGGCACAACUGUGUUCCCAUUGCUCUCCUCUGUUUUGUACGACAGUAAAGAGUUUACGAACCCACAAAGGUUUGAUCCGAACCAUUUUCUGGAUGAAAAUGGCAGCUUUCGGAAGAGUGACUUCUUCAUGCCUUUCUCUAUUGGAAAACGGGCAUGUCUUGGAGAAGGUCUUGCUCGAAUGGAGGUAUUUUUAUUCCUGACCACCACUCUGCAGAAUUUUACCUUAAAGCCUGCUGUUGAUCAAAGGGAGCUGAACAUUGACCCGAUGUGUAAUGGAUUCUUGAGCAUCCGUCAGUCUUUCAAGCUCUGCUUCUUACCCAGAUUGAAAUAAAAGACAAACCAGAGGAAAGCAGAACAGUCUCGGCCUACCCGUGGCCACCAGCAUCUCUGGUUAAAAUCCCUGCAAGAUCUAUUUCCUCAACGUGAUCAGAACUCACAUAGAGUAGAUGCCCGCUGGAUACUAAGUAAGUGCUGGCGCCAACGACUUCAGUCCUAUGUAUGACAGGUUUUAACUGGGUGUGACCGUCAUCCACAGGCCUCUUUAUAACAUGGAAGAUAUUUGCUGGCAUGAGUGCCCCUCACUGAACGAGAGCUGUUAGGAAAAUAUGAGUUCCACUUCCACCAAGCUGUAGAAAGCUCAAGAGUGUUGCCCUCCUGACAAGAAAGAGCCGGACAAAGCACCGGUCAAAGUGGCCUUACCUGAAAUCCCAGGCGGGGCAGAACUCUGCAAGGGGGGAGGAGAGGAAGCCGUCACCUGCACAGGGAGAAGUCUGCCCCAAUGUUAAUGAAUUGCCAGAGCCCAAGUCUGGGCAGGAAGAGCUGGGGGGCUUGGACAGGAAAGAGAAGGGGCCUUCAUUCGCUCGCCAGCUUGCAGGACAGAUGGGGUCGGCCAAAGCCGGGGGACAGUGCUCUCCGUGAUGUGGACGGGCCUGAGGGCCUGAGCUGCAGGGCCUGGAGAAACCACCACCCACCUGACCUUUGUUCCUCAGGACAAGAAAGCCUUAAGCUGUUGGGGAAGGGCAGGCAAGGACCAGGGCUGCUGGGGACAAACAGGAAGCAAAGUCCUGAGCCCCUGAGGACAGGUAGGAAGCUCUACUGCAACCAAGCCCCGAGGCUGAGGGGGAUGUGAGGCAGACAUCUCCCCCUCCCCCCAGGCAGGCUGGGCAGCAGAGGAGGGCGGGACAGGAGCAUCCUACCCAGGUGGGAGAGCCUGCACAGGGCUGAGGGUCAGCAGGACACAGAGGGUCCCCUGCCCCUCUCACCUUGAGCCCAGAACCCGUCAGCAGCCAUCUGCUGCUCUACAGAGGCAAGAACAAUGGAGAAGUGGCUGAAAGCUGAGUGUGGACACCUGGGCUGAGAAAGGCCUCCCGGCACCCCAGCCUCUGCCCCGUGCCCAAGGCAGUGAGAUGACUCCCUUGGAGAAAUGUGAAGUCUUGGCAUAAAAGAAGUAAUGAUAACAACAAAUCCCAAAUUUAGCUCAUCUCUUGUCUGGAUUGUUUCAACUUUCCACAUCAAUGGCCUGACAGAGUAACAGUCAUGCCGGUUUCCAGGAUAAUUAUGAUUUACCUCAGUUUUUCCUGCACCCACAUGGUGUUCAGCAUUGAAUUUUAAAAAUUAUACACACAAAAUAGCAAGGAAAAAAACUACCACAAUCAAGAAAUGAAGAGAUCAAUAGGAUCAGUUCACAGAUGACAGAGAUUUUGGAUCUCCCAGACGAGGGCCUUAAAAUCUUCAUGAUUAGUGUGUUCAAAGAUCUAGUGGAAGGUGGAAAACAUGCGUGAGAAGAUGGAAGAGCAGAGUGAUGGGAAGUAUAAAAACAGAAUCAGGGAAAUUGCUGGAAAUAAACAUCAUGACAUCAGCAAUGAAAACCCUUACAUCCGCAUCAGUUGACUCGGCGGAGGAGAGACCUGUGGUUAGUACCUGGUAUGCUCUUUCUAAUACUGGAUCCUUUUCACAUCCCCAUACUUAAUGUCUUCAUCCUAUAAUAAAGUCUGAUAAUGUUCAAGUUAA